GAAACCUUCGGACCAUUUUGUCAUUUUAAAAGUUUUUAGGACAAAUCUACGAUUUUAACACAAGUAAUUUUGAAACGUCUGCUGCUGUUCAAUCGGAAAAUUGAAAGUUUGCACGGUACUGUGAAAUCACAAGAAGUGAGUUUGAGGCUGAUCCGAAUGCCUGUGGUCCUCAACGCACCCCAGAGACGUAUGAUGCGGCUGUUGCUGAUCUUCAGGCUGAAAACAUCCAAGGCGUCAGAGGAAUAAAGGUGGCAUUUCUUCUUCAGUGCAAAUAUGAGUGACUCAGAGCGAACCUUUCUAGAUGUCGCCAUCAUGGAAGUCCUACCAGAACUUCCAGCAGUACACAAAAACAUCCUGGAAGAGCACUUGCAAUCCAUUGGAGUCGAGACGUAUGAUGAUCUACGCUUUGUAACAGAGGCUGAUUUGAUGACCGCAUUAAGACCUGUACAAGCCAGAAAGCUUCUUUCUGUUUGGAAACAGAAAUACCAAACUCCAGAGAACAGCUCACUAUCGUCUGUGGAAACCUCAGCUACCCAAUCGCUCUCAUCGCUCUCUGUUUCACCCCGAAGUUCAUCAUCAACCUCCUCCAGCAGCCCAGGACUUGACACACAGUGGGACGACAACUUUGAAAUUCCAUGGAGUAAAUUUCCUGAGGAAGUGAUGCAUUCUUUGGAGAGGGGAAAAAGGCCAGGCCCAAAACUGAGGAGGCAAAUGGUCCGGAUUGUUGUGACUGAGAUGAUGGAAAAAUGCCCUCAUGUAGGUAAAAAGCAUUCAACUGACGUUGCAAAAAAUAUGGUGGCAAAAUACCCCAAUUCUCUGCAAGAUGUAAUAGAGGGUGAUAUUGUUGGAACAGGUUACUAUUCCCUUGUCAAACAGUUGCAUAACAGAAUUGAAAAUGUGAGACGCACUUCAACACCCAAAAGAAGAAAAAGAAAACAUCAGACUGAUGUCUCAGACCACACAGAUGAGAUCCCAUUAGAAGAGAGAGCAGCAAUGCAGGACACUUAUGGAUGCAUUAAAUGGAAUGUAAAAUGUCUGCCCCUUGAAGAAACUCAAGAGAGCCAGCAGCAAAAGAUGGAAAAACUCAAGGUGAUGUUCCAACACUGAUGCUAAUCCAGAGGAGGUAAAAUGUCUAAUGAAGUCCACUUUCUACACACAGCGUCAACAUGUCAACCAGGGAAAAAGUAUCAAAUGCCUUAGAGAGGAGUGGCCGUUUUGGUUUCAUGAUCUUGGCAUGUCCGUACACUUCAAGGAACUCACUGGGAUUGACCUCAAAGAGACAUUCAUACGAAAUUUGGAUUUGAAGGGAAAAAGGCUUCUCGACUACAUGACCACAGUUUGUGUCAACAAGAGCAAAAAGUUCCUUCAGAAUUAUGCAAGGCUUCAGAGGAUGCGAGGACCGCAGAGUGGCUGCUCAGAUGAUGUGAUAGAGAUGCUCAUGCUUCUGCUCAGCUACUUUGAUGAGAAGGAGGAGUCCAUGUUCUACCAUGUAGAAGAUACAUGUCUGGCAGAAGAGGUCCAACUGGAGCAAGUGCCUCUGACACCCACUGUUAUUGUCUGUGGACAGUCCUGCUAUUCCUCAACAAGGUACAUGCUGAGUCUGGAUCGGAACCUUACCAACACAAACAUCUCCUCCUUCAUUUCUGCAUUGUGCCUUAUGUUCGGGAGCUACUACUGUUUCAACAUCCAUUAUCCAUCUGAGCUGGCUUCAACUCUGGAGUUUCUUCAAAGGUGUUUUUUCUCGAUAAACCCAGAAAAAGGAACCAAAGUAGAGAAUAAAAACUCCAAGCGUCGUCUCAACGUGAACCCUCGAGUCCUCACCCUGAUACAGGAACUCUCCGAUCACGAGUUGCGUUCAGCCUAAAUAUGGACUCUUUCUGUCAGACAGCGUUACAGCACGCACGGAGAUGAGAAGGGUAUGUAUCGACUUGUCUUACUCUGGGGGUUACGGUGAAUAAGCUAAAUUCCCAAUAAGUCGGCGUGUUCCUUUAAAUGUUACAUUUUACAGGCUUGCAUGAUUCCAUGCAAAAAAGUCGCAUAUCUUAGCUAGGGUUGGGCAUCGUUUGGAUAUUAACGAUUCCAAUUCCGAUUCUUCCUUUCGAUUCCGGUUCUUAUUGAUUCUCGAUUCUGAUUCUUUGAGGGGUG